UGCUCCAUUUCCGCUUUACCAUCGCCUUCGUCGUAGUUACAUCUGCUCUAAUAUCAUUUGAAUACAUUGUACAAAAUAAAAAUAUCGCCUGCAUAUAAGUUGGCUUUUGAUUUAAAAUAGAGUCUAUACAAACUAAUUUGUGAGCAACAUCAAAUUAUGAUCAAAUAUUGUUAAUAAAAUAACUUGUAAGUAUCAAGUACUAUAGAAAAUCAGUAAAAAAAAUAGCCCCAUCAUUGGGUACAGUGAGUUUAGCAUUAAUUUCAUCUCAUUCAACGAACACCUCAAGUAAGGCAGAAGGCAUCCUACCAAGAUUACUUUGAGCACUGCCCACAAAACUAACGCCAUCUACGCAAAUGAUUUCUAGCUAGAAAUGCUGGAUCCGAAUGCGACUAACAGGGAAUCUUUCCAAAAUGCUUCCACAGACCGUCAGGCUGUUUGUUCGGGAAAUCUGGUAAGUUUCAGACACGGUCGGUAUGAGGUCGAUGUAAAUGUUCAUGUUAUACCGCAGAUCCAAACGUGGGGGUAAAGCAGCUGGGGUUCUUGAUGCUAAACUAUUUUUAUUUUCAUGACAUGCAUGUGAUCGGUGGGGGGGGGGGGAAUGCUGGGAGUGUACAAUUAUUCAAAUUUGACUUCAUUUGGUUCAGUAGAGGUGAUAUUUCCAAGAAGCAACAUAUAUAAAGCAGCUGGGGUUCUUGAUGCUAAACUAUUUUUAUUUUCAUGACAUGCAUGUGAUCGGUGGGGGGCGGGGGAAUGCUGGGAGUGUACAAUUAUUCAAAUUUGACUUCAUUUGGUUCAGUAGAGGUGAUAUUUCCAAGAAGCAACAUAUUAAAGAUUUGGUAUCUGGUACCAUUCAGUUUAUAACUGUUGCACUCGGCGUUUUGUAUAUGUAUACAUGUCAUCUGUUAUUAUGCAGCGUUUAUGUGACAUCCGACCAGUGUCGUGCAAAAUUGAAGCUGUGCCAUAUUGACUACCUGGAUCAAACGUGACAUCCCUGGCUUAGACUCUCGAUGGACCUCUCAUUGGUCAGUGUUAGAUUGUGUGACGUCAUGUGGUCAUCACUGAUCCACUCAAUCGGCCACCCGUGUGGUGGGGGCGGGGGUUGGGGGGGGAGGAAAGAAAGAAAAGCAAAAUAGUUUUGCACUUAAGACUAAGAGUAGGAAAACGUAAUAAAUUUGAUAUAUGAAAGACUUCUACUAAAAGUACGCUUGAUUUGUACAUAUGUUCUGUUACAGAUACAGAGUUGGCGACCUCCAGAUAAAUUCUACAACGGCUGGUACCCAGUGAGACAAUGUUCAUUCCCUGGCCAUGGGUCUAACAUCUAUGCCGGCUCAUGUCCAUCAAAAAACACAACUGUUUUCAGGUAUUUUUUGUUUAAAGGACAAACAGAAUUUUACUUUCCUAAAUGUACAGUAGGAAUUAAGACAAAAUUCACAUUGAUUAUCAAGACAAAAUUUUCAUCAUUUAUUGAUUUAUAUUAUAUUCCACAGGUUCUCAAACGUUCGAAUCACGAUGCCUUAGCCGAUUUCAGGUUUUCACAAGGCACCUAAUUAUAAUAAUUGCUCUUCGAAAAAACAUAUUUUUAAACAAAAAAAUCACUUUUACUGUUAAGUUAAAUCUUAUCCAUUUCUGAAACUACAAACGAGAAGAAAUACUUCACUGACAUCACUUGAAUUAAUCACAAAAAUAUUUCAUCUGUCAUAAUCUCAAAAAAUCGAAGAUUGUAUAAAUUGCUAAAUAUUUUUUUUUUUUUUUAAUUCGAUCUUCUUUGGCUGUUCACCUUUUUGGGGCCAGCCAUUGAGUACCAGUGUGCAAGUGCCAGUCCAUCACUUCGAGAAGCACACACCCUCUGCUGUAUUACAUGAAAUGUUGGUAUUAUUAAGUAUCUCUGUAGGGAGCUUUAGAAAUAAUCUAUUGCCAUCUAACAUUAAUCUGCUCCCUUAGAAAUUACCGAGUGAUGUGUGAAAUAUGUGAUCACCCGGACAACCAGCAGCGUGACACUAAAGAGCUGGAUGAAUGCAAGUACUUCUGCUGCAAGAAAAGUAGUGUAGGUAUGUAUCAGUUGUGUGCAGGUGCGUAUCACUUGUUGUGUGUAGGUGCGAAUCAAUUGUUGUGUGUAGGUGCGUAUCAAUUGUUGUGUGUAGGUGCGUAUCACGUGUUGUGUGUAGGUGCGAAUCAAUUGUUGUGUGUGGGUGCGUAUCAAUUGUUGUGUGUAGGUGCGUAUCACUCGUGUGUAGGCGCGUAUCAAUUGGUGUGUGCAGGUGCGUAUCACUUGUGUGUAGGUGGGUAUCACUUGUGUGUAGGUGCGUAUCACUUGUGUGUAGGUGCGUAUCACUUGUGUGUAGGUGGGUAUCAAUUGUUGUGUGUAUGUGCGUAUCACUUGUGUGCAGGUGCGUAUCACUUGUGUGUAGGUGCGUAUCAUGUGUUGUGUGUAGGCACUUAUAACUUGUCGUGUAUAGGUGCGCAUAACUUAGAUGGCUCGCAUUAGUUAACUUUAUGCCUGUCCUCCUAGCUCCGAAAGAUAUUAAACCACUGGGGACUAUAACCAGAGAUCCCCACCACGCUCAGGGGGACCCGUGUUUGCCAGACACUAACUGGCGUUUUCACGACCCUCGUCCGGUGAGGCUGGGUGGCCCAGUUCCGGCCAAUUGCAAGGUUCACAAAAGAGAUUGGUUCCGUAAGUUCAUUAAAAAAUCUUUAAAUAAUAUUUUCUAUUCGUCAUGCAUUUGAAUAGGAUUGUGGAACAAUUGGGUAGGGGAUAGACUAAUUGUUUAAAUUAAGCUGCAUACAUAUUUGCAACAUUUCAGCACACCCAACUCAAAAAGUCUCAUACUAUAAAUAUCUAUUACACAGCAAAACGGUACCUGGUCUCUGAUAUAAAAAUAUGGAUUUCAAAACGCAAAGUCACGACGCACGCAAUGACACUGGUUUGCUUCUUAAUUUACUUGGUAUUGUCCAAUAGAGCGCCAGCAGAUCUUGGCGUACUAGUCUCAUCAUGGGAAUAGUAAAGACUAAUAGUGGGAGUUGAGCUUAAAGGCAAAUGUGUUUGACGUGAUGUUGAGUUUUGUUAUAGAGAUUGGAUUUUUUUAAAUAUAUAUUAUUUAUUUAUUUAUUUUUUGUGGGGGGGGGGGUGUAAAGAGCGUUGAUGAGAUGGGGGCCCUAAAAGUGUCGCAGCUGGGGUUAGUGCCAUCCGGUGCUGGCCAAGAUUUUUAAACGAUCCCUUUCACGAAAGAAACUCUNGGGGGGGGGGGGGGGGGAGAAGCAGGGGGUGGAUCUAAGCUGAUAUUUUUUUUUUUGGGGGGGGGCUACAGUUUGGACGACACUUAAUUAUUGGUAUUACUAGAGUUGAGCUCCGCCGAUGUUUUGGUAUUUCUAGAGUUGAGCUCCGACCACCCUUAUGAUUUUUCUUAACUCUAUCACACAGGUAAUGAAAUGGAAGACUUCAAUGCUAUGGCCAAUGUGAAGAAGAAGCUUGCCCAGCGGGAGCGGAUGGACAGGCUAAACAAAGAACGAGAAAUCUUCGAGAAGUUGAGGCAAAAGCACAAGCAGAGGGAGCAAGCUAUCAUCGAUCGGCAAAUGUCAUUCCCGCCAUUGGUGCCCCCGCCAGAAAAAAUCCGCUCGUCUCUGUUGGCCGUACCGACGCUGGCUCCGAAACUGUCUUCGACUUCAGCCGCCCCCAAUCAAGAAGUGGAAUAAAGAGAUAUAUACUGGUUGUGUGUCUGUUAAAAUUGUGUAGCAAAC